AUGGCUGUGAACUUCACCAGGGCUGAGUGGGCUUUGCUGGACCCUGCCCAGAGGCGCCUGUACAGAGAUGUGAUGCUGGAGGCCUGCAGGCAUCUGGCCUUCGUGGGAGAGGCUCAGUGUUUGAGGCCCCAGGCUGCACCCAGCAGUGAUGAAUGCAAAGUUUGUGGGGAGACCUUCAGUGCCGCCAACCUGCUGACGCGUCACAUCAGGGAGCAUCACGAGGAGACGCUAUACGUGUGCGAGCUCUUCGGGAAGGGCUUCCGCCUCCCCUCGUACCUGCAGGCUCACGCAAAGACCCACUCUGACCUCGGAGAGCCCUUUAAGUGCCCCAAGUGCCCCCUGAGGUUCAGGAGGCAUUUUGAGGAGCAGCCGUUCGUGUGCCACUGCGGGCAGAAGUUUGGCCAGGAUUGA